CUAGGAUUCUUCUCUUUCCUUAUCCAACACGGUCUUUUUUCGUCGCGUCUUUACAAAAAAAAAAAAAACUAAAACUCCUAUAUAAACAAAAAAAACCAAACCUUUUUUUUUCUUCUCAUUCAAUCUUUGUUCCUUUCACCAAAACCCAUCAAAGAUCUUUUUUUUUUCUCAAUUAUUGUGAUAAUGAAUUCGAUGUUUAGUGCCUUCGACGCCAUGUGUGCAGAGAUUAUGGGAAAGAAAGUCACCGCUGCUUCUUAUGUCUACCGCUCUGAACGCAAUUCUGCUUCUUCUUCUUCUUCCGUCGGCGGUCAAAACGCGUCUUUGUCUCUCAAGAAAGAUGAAAAAGCUUCAAAGAACAUGGAUUUACCAACGAAGACACCGAGGUUUGCUCUUGAGCUCGAUGGUCUUCAUUGCUUCGAGACUAUAGUUCGUUCUUGAUCAAUAUCAAGAUUACCAAUUUUUGCUGAGUUUUUUUUUCUUUUUCUUGUUUUGUUCUGUUUCGAUUCCUUUUAUGUAAAUACAAUUUUGGAAGAUUUAAUUUCUUGAUUAGAAUCAUCAUCCUUAUGUGAUUUGAUUCAUCGUUUCUGCUUUACUAAUUCAUGAAUUUGUACAUAUAUUAAAGAAAAAAGAAGACUUUUUGUUUCUGUUCUUCA